UGUUCGCUCCUGGAAUUUCUUCCCCAUGAGACCUGUCUCUUCGCUACAGUCCCUCCAUAACCCCAAGCCCCUGCGACUUCGUCUGGGGAAAAAGUCUCGCUAUUGCGACCCGUAUCCGUGGGCUGAAGGCUAAACCGAAACAAAGGGCUCUGAGUUGUGACGCCCCGCUCCUGCAAUCUGUCGCCAGAGACGCCAUCCAACAGGCGACAAUAGCGAAAACGGCGAGCCUGUCGAGUUCAAAGCAAAGCCGCCAGCUACAGCUUUUUUGCUUUUUGACGCUCAUUGUGGUGGCGCCGAAUCCCCGCGCUUCCUCAUUGUCGAGCGCCUCGAUCUAUCGAGAGUGCUAAUAUCACAGUGAAGGCCUCUCACAACGAUAGCCCCACUCUCACAUUCCUGGCGAAAUCGUUCCAUAGGGCGACUCGAAGCGAAAUCAGACAACAAGCAUACUGCCAGCCACGACUUGUCUUACUACUCCACUGGCGUAUCCAGCGCAGCUCACAGGCUGGAUCAGGAGCCACGUUAUGAACCGCGCCUACCUGCACCUGCCCGUCCAUUUCAAUAAUACAGCCCUGACAGAAGCACGUUAAAAUAACAAUGCGAACUGGACUUCUUAUGACCCGUGCAUAGUUGACCGUGGGGGGGAUCAAAGCAUAGGCGCCAACUCUGCUGGACGACGACGACGAUAACUGCGGCUCCCGUUGCUCUGAUCUUUAGUGAAUGGGACAUGAGCUCAUCAAGCCAAGACUGUACUCUAGUUAACUAUCCGCACAUCGCCUCAAUCGACGGGCGCUGGCCAAAACUCAAAUAUUAUGUCAUACCAAUACCCACCUCCACCGAGUUCCGGCGCGGAUUAUAAACUCUCACCACGUUCGAUUGGCAACUUCCAAAUACCACCUGCAAUACCCCCAGAGCUAUCACAACAAGUGCUAGAUAGCAAUCUAUUCUCUCAAGAACUCAAUCAGCAUGCGUCCGACCAAGAAGGAAAAGUAAAGCGGUCAUCGUCAACCUCCAACAUCCACGAUCAAGCGGUAGCCGAUGCGGCCUUGGCGGCAUCGGCGGAGAAGAGGAGAAAUAAGCUAGGAUACCAUAGAACUUCUGUCGCUUGUGGACACUGUCGUCGAAGAAAGAUAAGAUGCAUUCUUGCGCCAGGAGAUCUCCAAAAUCGAUGCGCCAAUUGCAUCAGACUGAAGAAGGAAUGCAACUUCUACCCUGUUGACCAACCGCCGCAGCAGCCCCAAGGCCAGCGUGGCGCAUCUAGCGGCAGAGGACUCGGUAGGGCUUCUUCUUCGGCAUCCCCUACAGAUCAGCUUGGCCGUAAUUCGGAAAUACAGAAUGGACUUUCGUAUCCAAAUAUGGCCAUGCCUCCCUAUCUCGGCUCUUCUGAUCUAAAGAGACUAAAAGAUGAUGGUUUCCCACCUGAAAAUAGAGGCCUUGUCUUCGGAGCGCAAAAUGAAUACCAACCUAAUUCGGCGGCAUGGAUGCAAUCCAAACCACCACCUUCAACGAGGCCUGUAGCCGAUUCUUCCGGUUACUGGCGCGUUAAUACCCAAGAAUCUUUGGCUCCAGCAUUCCCAAUGUACUCUCAGCCUUUGAGUCAACCUCAGCACCAGAAUUGGUCACCAGGCGCAGUGGAUCCAGGCCCUCGGGAAGAGCUCAACUGGGUAGUCCCUCAGCGUUCUGUGUCUUUUGGGCACCUUGAGAACAUGCCCCAGGCACCCUAUAUGCACGGUGAUCCAAAUUCGAUUGCAGUAUCAGGCCCAACCAUCGGAUCUUCUCAUAUCUCCGAUCCUCGGCAGCAACCGCCAUCCUCACCACCACAGCCUUGGUCGGUUCCGCAGUACGGUUAUAUGAAAACUUCUGCUGCCCCAACCGCCGAAGGGUUCAAUAGUUGGUUUCCAAAUAAUCCCAACAUGCCCCUCAAUCCCCAGGGCGGCGGCGACAACAUGCCUUAUGAUUCAGUAUAUUACAACGACACAGCGCAAGCCGGGCGCCCAUAGUAGCAAGGCUCCCACGAAGACAUCUAGAGUAGAAGAUGCGGUAGAACGAGCUUGGGGUCGGGGGUAAUGAGCAAUGGGCGAGUGGUGAGAACGACGUAGGCCCUUGCGGGCGUUGCUAAGUGUCGGUGUGAGACUCGAGGUCUCCCGAUAUUAUUCCCAACGAAAUCACCAUUUUUUGAUUCCGAAUAACACCGUACCAAUACAAAUGCUUAAAACUGAUUACGUUAAGCUUCCCUUUUGGCCAUUAAUUAAUUUUGUUGGUCAUUAAUCCAUGUGAAAUAAAGAUCUACGGCGGCAGGCUCCCUUUGUUACUCGCUGUAGAGUAGAAUCCGUGACUUCCUUGUCGUGAUUCUCAUACAGUAGUUUUGGGGAUAGUGUCGCACAUUAACGUUGUAGCCUUAAAUAUAAGGCACUAUAAUUAUAGUUCCUUAUCUACAAUCAAACCCACCUGUGAUGCUCGUU